AUGGUUCGAUUAAAACGCUCGCAUUUUUUGGCAACUGCAGUUGUUUUCCACUUGCUCUAUGUAUAUUCUGAUCUUCGACAUUUAGUUCCUGACGGUCUCCGUGCGGACAAGACCUUUCAACAAUUCCCCGACCCGUCCCCAGACGCCCCCACAGAUGAGUCGGCUCAGGUACCACGCCACUUAGCUCCCUUUCUGCGCUCACGAGUGUUGAAACAUGGUACCUUCGGAGUCUCUCAUACACGAGUACCGACCGAAUCGCGCCCAGGCCAUGUGGCCCUUGUCGCAGGCCUCUACGAAGACGUCUCCGCUGUGACCACGGGCUGGAAGCUGAACCCAGUGGGCUUCGAUAGCGUGCUGAACCGCAGCCGACAUGCGUGGAGCUGGGACAUUCCGGACAUCCUGCCGAUGUUCGCGCAGGGGGGCCGCACCAGGCCGCGUGGAUACAGACAUGUACAGCGCCGAGGCGGAAGAUUACAGCAAGGACGCCACCGAGCUAGAUAUCUGGGUCUUCGACCGCGUGAAGCGCUUCUUCCAUUCCGCCACCGAAGACCCAAGCUUGGAGACUGCCCUGGGACAAGAUCAGAACAUCUUCUUUCUCCAUCUGCUCGGACUGGACACUCCGGCCACUCUUUUCGACCCUACUCGUGCGAAUAUCUGCAUAAUCUCCAGGUUGUCAACAACGGCACGACCAGACGGCUUUUGUUUUUACCGCGGGGCCAUGGGAUGAGCGACUUGGGCAGCCACGGGGAUGGACACCCAGACAAUACCCGGACGCCCCUCAUCGCGCGGGGCACUGGCGUGGCUCGUCCCAAGGCAGGGCCCCUGGGCAACGUGGCGGCUGGACACGAUGAGUUUUCUGCCGAUUGGCACCUGGAUCAUGUGCAGAGACAUGAUGUCGCCCAGGCUGAUAUUGCGGCGCUGAUGGCAUAUCUGGCGGGGAUUCUGUUUCCCGUUAACUCGGUCGGACGCCUUCCGUUGCCUUAUCUCAAUGCAUACGAGUCCAGUCAGGCGGAAACGAUGUUGGUUAAUGCGCUGGAGAUCUUGGAGAUGUAUCGAGUUCGAGAAAGUCGUAUGAUGGCCUCGAAGCUCUGGUACGUGCCCUUUCCGGCACUCAGUCACGACCAAGAUCCAGAACAAGAAGAAAGAAUUGCUCGAAUCCGUAAUGCGAUCCGCUGUGAGGAUCUGAUCGACCUGUCUCUUCAGGGCUUGCGAUACCUACAGACCUAUGAUUGGCUCUUUCUUCGAGCCCUAACUAGCGUUGGAUAUCUGGGUUGGAUGGCCUUCGCUCUCAUGAACGCGCUCAGCCACUUUGACGUACCAAGCGCGGAUAUGAUGGGAUUUGUCAGUCUUGCUCUUCUGAUGAGACUGUAUUCGCAGAAGUCUCCGAUGCAAUAUUUUGAGUACGCUGUAUUCCCGGUUCUAUUCUGGGCUGAGGUAUGGGCCUGUCAAGAUACCUGGACCCAGACCAUCAGGGCACUUCCCAAGCGGAUAUCCGCCAGCAACGUGACUGCAGAUGUGGCCGUUAUUAUGAUCGCAGGAUUUCCACAUUCAUCUACAUUGUGGCCCGCUAUCUAUGGCAUCGAAUUUAUUCAUGUCAAUCGUCUCGUAUGUUUGGCGUGGGCAGUCCAAUGUGGUGCUAUGAGCAUUUUCACCCUUCUUCCGGCCAUGAAAACGGAGGAACUACUUUGA